AUGUUUAUGCUGCUUGCAUUCAUCGUGGGCUUGCUGUCAUACGUCCUGCUCAAGUACCACCAGAAACGGCAGGAUCUGCUGAAGCUGUCGGCACACUUCAAUGGUCCUCAUCCGCACUACUUCCUCGGGUGUUUGUACAUCUUCCAGGGCAAGUCCAUCCCAGAAAUAUUCGACACACUCGCCGAAACCCACCGACAGUAUGGUGAAGAUCUCAGCCUGAUGGGUGCGUUCAACGACAUCGAGCUGGACAUCGCGAGUGCUCGCAACAUCGAGAAGGUGCUGCUAGCGAAGACGACCAAAAAGUCCUACACGUACGAUUUCCUCGAGUCGUGGCUCGGCACCGGAUUGUUGCUGUCGUUUAGCGAAAAAUGGUUCCAACGGCGCCGUAUCAUUACGCCCGCGUUUCACUUCAAGAUACUGGACCAGUUUCUGGAGGUGUUCAACCACGAAGCGGACGUGCUGGUGGAGAAGCUAAAGGGGCACAUUAACCAACCCGAGUUCGAUAUCUAUCGCUAUGUCACGCUGUACGCGCUGGAUAGCAUUUGCGCAACCUCGAUGGGGGUGAACAUCAACGCACAGGAGAACCCCAGCAACGAGUACGUCCGGGAUGUGAAGAAAAUGUCCGAGUACGCAUUUCGGCGCGUGUUCAGUGCGUUGCGUCAAUUUCCGGCCCUGUUUUUCCUGUAUCCGUACGCGCGCGAUCAAGCAAGGAUCAUCAAGCGACUGCACGCGUUCACUGAUUCCGUCAUCGAAACGCGUCGGAAGCAGUUAGCGAGCGUGGAACCGGUGUCCGACACGGUGCAAGAAGAUCAGUCCUACUCAAAGCACCGGGACACGUUCCUCGAUCAGCUGUUGAAGGUGAAGAUCAAUGGUCAACCGCUCAGUACAGCCGAUAUCCGUGAGGAGGUGGAUACGUUCAUGUUCGAGGGUCACGACACUACGGCAUCUGGGAUUUCUUUCACGCUUUUACACCUGGCUAAGCACCAGGACGUGCAGGAGCGAUUGUACGAGGAGAUCGAUGGAGUGCUUGGGAAAGGUGCGAAAUCAAUGAGCCUCACAAACGCACUGCUCGGAGAUCUGAAGUACCUUGAUAUGGUUGUCAAAGAGUCGAUGCGACUGGCUCCACCGGUUCCGUUCAUUGGCCGUAUGCUUCUCGAGGACAUGGAGAUGAAUGGUACGGUGUUACCUGCAGGAACGACCGUCUCGCUAAACAUCUACACCCUGCACCAAAACCCGAAGGUGUUCCCGGAACCGGAAAAGUUUAAUCCUGAGCGCUUUGCGGAUGACAACCCAAUCAAACGCGGUCCGUACGACUACAUCCCGUUCAGUGCAGGCUCACGAAAUUGCAUUGGGCAGAAGUACGCCCUGCUCGAGAUGAAAGUCACGCUCGUGAAGCUGCUCGCUAGCUACCGAAUCCUGCCAGGCGAGUCCACCGAUCAGGUGCGUUACAUGGCCGACCUGGUGCUUCGUUCGACGAUCGGCAUUCCGGUGAAACUUGCCGCAAGAACGCCAACCGAAGCAGACUCGCUUCAAUAA